CCCUCCUGCACGUAAAACAAAGUGUUUGAGAGCACCGUCGGGGCCAGGAAGCCGCUGCUCUGUCUCAGAAAAGAUCCGCAGCCCUUGGCCGCACUGUUUGGAUGGCCUUGGACCGAAAGCAUUGUUCUUUAGGUAUUUACACACAAUUUCAACGUGUGUCGUUGAGUCCGGAAACUCGCAUUGCCUAACAGCACCCGCUGAUGCAGAUUAGAUUAAUCCCGAGAUAAACGACAGUCUGUGCGGUCGCCGAGGACUUCUCUGAGCAUUAACACACCUCCUGACAUGAAACGCAUUCACGUUAAAUGAGUUGCGGUCUUUUAGUGACGGAAGAAUUCAAAUUAAGCCGAAAAGCCCCAAACUGGUGUAUUUAUUCAAGCACAUUUCAGGAAAGUUAUGUUGGGCAGAUUUAACUUGCCGAAUGUGUACGAGGAUGACCUGUAUAUGAAUUGCGCAUCGGGGCGGCCGCUCGACAGCCCGGACUCCGGACUGCCGCCCAGCCCGUGUCCGAGCGCCUGGCUGCAGCCAGCUUGGACCAGCCCGCGCGCUGAGGAGGCGGGCGGAGGGACUCCGGAGAAGGCUGGAGCGGUCACUGCAUUUUCACCGCUGUUUCGUCCUCUGUCCUACCGGGAAGAAAUCGAACUGGACCCACUGCCACCGAAAGUUGUCCGAUAUACAUCAUCCGUCCGCUAUGACUCCGAUCGGCAUUUCAUCCAGUGCGUAUCGCUGCAGCCCCGUGGUUUUGGCCUGGAGUCCUGCAGCCAGACGGUCGUAGCCCUGUCCCACAACACCUGGCGCUACUACCGGACCCAGCUGCGCCUCGAGCCCCGGCAGCGGGCGCAGCGGUACCAGAGUACCAGCAUCCUGUACCCAAAACACGCGUGCGCCAUCUACGUCACGCACCUGCACUACGACUGCCGCAGGCACACGCGGCGCUUCCUGUCCGGGGUGGAGCUGGAGCCUCUGCAUGGGUAACGGCCUCAGGACGCCCUCACUGACACUACCCUUCACCCGCCGAAAUAAACUGCACCAACACAAACCCCUACCUUGGGAACCUCUCUGCUGAAACUGGCAGGGUUAUUAUGAUUGACAAGCAGGGUCAUAAUGUUCUGGUUUGAUGUCACGUGGCUCGGAAUGUCCAUGGGGUGUUUCUCAAUGUCUGUUCUUGUCAGUUCUUGGUAUUGAGAGAGACGCUAGCGAUGCACGGUGUGUUUUUAAUGUUAUUGUUCCCGCAGUGAGGUUAUGACGGGUUUAGAGGAAGUAUAGUGAGGUCCGUUGGAAGCUGAAACGCUGGUCUCCAUCUGCUUUCUGCUUUUCUUAGUAUUUCCUGACUGGUCCUACACUCACAGGUGCAUGUGAGCACAGGGUGCUGUGCUGGGGUGUGGUUUGGGUAAUGUGGUCUGUCACAACCCCUCAUUCUGUCUUCACAAAGUGUUUUCUCAAAGAACUUUCAGAUGGAAACUUGUUAUUGCAUGGCUUAGUUUUGAAAUACUGCUUACAAAUUGCCUGGUCAACAGGAUAUUCAGUAAGCACAUUUUCAAGGUGUUUUUUACAUGAGUUGUGUAAAGAGAAGUUCUUGCAACAAGUUUCCUGUUUGAACUUCUUUAGCACACAGUAAGGGAUGGUGCGACUGAAUGAAAAGCUGUGUUAUGCAUAACAGGGUCUUGUGUGUGUGUGGGUGAGAGAGAGAGAGCGUGUGAGAGGGUAACAUGUUAAUUAAUUUUUAUCUUCUCUGUAAAUUAUAUUGCUUUUCCGUGAUGUAUAGAGAUUCUACCAUAAAUUGUGCAAAUAUAAUCUCAACUGUUUUAAUAAACUUUGAAAUUAAUAAUAACCA